GUCAGAAGCACUAUCAGGAUGAAAACUGAGGGCCCCUUGUAAUCAGACAGGAAAUCAGCUGUUGGAUAAUCGCAUGAGCGUGUAGAAACCUUAUUCAAGAAUAACUGAAAAAGUUAAUGAAAACGAGCCAGUGAAAGUGAGUGCAUCCAAGCAUCAUGGAGUAUACAUUUAGAGCAGUAACUCGCAGCCCGGGGAUUAUAAUCUGGAGAAUUGAGAAAAUGGAGCUGGUACAGGUUCCUGAGAAAUCUUAUGGAAACUUUUAUGAGGGUGACUGUUACGUUCUUCUGUCUACACAAAAGGUGAAGAACUCUUUGUCCUAUAAUAUCCAUUACUGGAUUGGCUCAGAGUCCUCUCAGGAUGAACAGGGCGCAGCUGCUAUUUAUACCAUACAGCUUGAUGAAUUUUUAGGCUCCACUCCGGUUCAACACAGAGAGGUCCAGCACCAUGAGUCUGAUACUUUCAGGGGCUACUUCAAACAGGGAAUAAUCUAUAAACAAGGUGGAGUUGCAACUGGUAUGAGGCACACCGAAACCAACACGUAUGAUAUUAAAAGACUGCUUCAUGUGAAAGGCAAGAAAAGAGUGAUUGCCAAGGAGGUGGAGAUGAGCUGGAAAAGUUUCAACCUUGGAGAUGUGUUUCUGUUAGACAUUGGCAAGACAAUCGUUCAGUGGAACGGGCCAAAUAGCAACCAGCAGGAAAAACUUAAAGGUAUGUGCCUGGCUAAAGACAUCCGAGACAGAGAGAGAGGAGGCCGGGCAGAGGUCAGAGUGGUCGAGGGUGAGGCAGAGAGCAGCUCUCCUCAGAGCAUGGAGAUCCUGAACAGUGUUCUUGGAGAAAGAACAUGCACGCUUACAGAUGGGCUUCCUGAUGAUGUUGCUGACCAGGAACAGAAGUCAACACUCACACUUUACCAAGUAUCAGAUGCUGAUGGUCAGAUGAAGGUAACAGAGGUCGCAACGCGACCACUGGUUCAGGAUCUGCUCAACCAUGAGGACUGCUACAUCCUGGACCAAGGAGGGAUAAAGAUCUUUGUAUGGAAAGGGAAGAAAGCAAACAAAGCUGAAAGACAAGCUGCCAUGUCCAGAGCUUUGGACUUCAUCAAAGCGAACAACUAUCCUUUCACUACAAAUGUGGAGACUGUGAAUGAUGGGGCAGAGUCAGCCAUCUUCAAGCAACUCUUCCAGAAGUGGAUAGUAAAGGAUCAAACUCAAGGCCUGGGAAAAGUGAACACAAGGGGGAAGAUUGCUCACAUCACACAAGAGAAAUUUGAUGCCUCACUGAUGCACACGAUGCCAGAUGUUGCUGCACAGGAGAGAAUGGUGGACAAUGGCACAGGUCAAGUGGAGGUGUGGAGGAUUGAAAAUCUGGAGCUCAUGCCUGUUGAACCUCAGUGGUAUGGAUACUUCUAUGGAGGUGACUGCUACCUGAUCCUCUACACUUACUUGGUUAACAACAAGAAGUGCUAUCUGCUCUACAUUUGGCAGGGGCGUCAUGCCACACAGGAUGAACUGGCAGCCUCAGCAUUUCAAGCUGUGAACUUAGAUCAGAAGUACAACGAUGAGCCGGUUCAAGUCAGAGUAACAAUGAGCAAGGAGCCGAGACACUUCAUGACAAUUUUCAAAGGAAAAAUGGUCAUCUUUGAGGGGGGCACAUCUAGGAAAGGGUCCUCUGAACCCGAGCCUCCAGUGAGAUUGUUCCAGGUUCAUGGUUCUGACCCAUCAAACACAAAAACCAUUGAAGUUCCAGCUCUGUCCAGCUCUCUGAACUCCAACGAUGUGUUUUUACUAAAGAGCCAAUCAGGAAUUUAUUUGUGGUGUGGAAAGGGUUCAAGUGGAGAUGAGAGAGCCAUGGCAAAGGAGGUGAGCUCUGUGGUUAAUAAUGGUUCACAGAAAGGCUCUGAGGAGAUUGUGGCAGAGGGUCAGGAGCCUGUUGCAUUCUGGGAGUUGCUUGGAGGGAAAGCUCCCUAUGCAAGUGGCAAGAGAUUACAGCAGGUGGUUUUAGACCAUCUGCCACGGCUGUUUGAAUGCUCUAAUAAGACGGGACGCUUCAUUGUGACUGAGGUCACUCAGUUCACUCAGGACGACCUCAACGAGGAUGAUGUUAUGUUGCUUGAUACAUGGGACCAGGUGUUUCUCUGGAUUGGCAAAGAGGCCAAUGAGGUGGAACGCAAGGAAGCAGUGACCACAAGCCAGGAGUACCUGCGCACCCACCCAGGUGACAGAGAUCCAGACACUCCUAUCAUCUUGAUCAAGCAAGGGUUUGAGCCACCCACCUUCACUGGCUGGUUUACAGCUUGGGAUCCCUCCAAAUGGAGCGCCGGAAAAAGCUAUGAAGAGCUGAAGAAGGAGCUGGGAGAUGAAACAGCACCUGUUACAAUUACAACUGAGCAGAACAAUGUUGAGAGCGAAAAAUACUUUCAGCCUUUUCCACUUGACACUUUGGUCAACAAGGUUGCCAAUGAGCUGCCCAAAGGUGUAGACCCCACCCAGAAAGAGAAACACCUCUCAGACGCCGACUUCAUCACCGUAUUUGGGAUCACCAAAGAUGACUUUGCAAAGCUGCCACAGUGGAAACAACUUAACAUAAAGAAAGCAAAGAAAAUGUUUUAAUGACUUUUAUCCAUAUUUUUAAAAAGUUGUUACUGUUAAGGGUAAUUUAACCCCAUUUAUGUUAGUUGCAUUAUUGGUGUCAUGCUUAUAUCAACACAUGGCUCAGAACAGGGUGUUCUCUGAUAUUUUUCCUUAUUGUUAUUCAGAUCACUGAAUCCAAACCCACACUGUUAAAUUUUGUCUUGUGAUUUGGCAAGUGGCUUGAUAUGAUUGAAACAGUUAAUAGAAACAAAGAUUUGUUCAAAUUAUUUAAACACUAAACCAACAAGGCAGCUCCGAUUUCAUGUUAAAAUGGUGUACUUCGCCAUCUGUUGGCCAAAUGAUGUUACAACAUGAUGUGUUAAAUGCAUUUCAGUUCUGACGGUUUUUCCAUGGCAUCAGGACAACUAACUUUCUCCUUCUUUAUUUUUAUUUUUAAUUCUCAAGUAUCAUUAAAGCUGUUUGCAAUAGGCUUUAUUUUAUUGAAUUUUAGUGUGUUCCUUCAAACAGUGUGAGUAAAAACAAUUAA